AUGACCAACGUCCCUGGUGGAGCUCGAGGGGGAGCUACUCCGACAACCUCGUAUCCUGGUCCAAGCAUCUCGUCUGUUCCACGUCGCUCCUCGUACGCUUCGGUCCUGUCUGGGACCGCCUUGUUAUCGCAAAGCAACAGCAGCAACAAUAACGCCAGCACUAACAGCGCCCUCUCACAUCUUCUCGCCUCUUCUUCCUCGUAUCCCCCGCCCCUCAGCUCCGACAGCCGCCUACGUAGGCCUUCAUCCGGCAUUGAUGCAGACAUGCAGGUGAACUCACCCUGGAGGACGCCUGCUAGGGAUCCUCUCCCUUCUUAUUCCCGCAAGUUCACCAGUCUCCCCCGUUACGAUGAUUUCUUUCAUGGCCCAGCUUCCGACCCCGAUACUUUCCUGACCCCUUCAUACCUACGCAACUCCCGGUAUAUCGCGCGGCUGGAAGCCUCCCACCGAGCAAAACUAGCCGCUCAGCGAGAUGCUGUUUCCUCUCCAUCACCGAAUCCUCCGUUUCCCUCCUCGGCUACGCACCGCAUCGCACCCUCCCACCGCGGGAUGACCUAUGAUAUCAUAGAGAAACCCCCUCCCAGCGACGACGAUGAGCAUCACCACCGUCACCCAAUGCCACUGCCCUCGUGUUGGAGUGAGACGGAGAAACAUCAUGGGCUUGAGUUGGCAAAUGCGGGUCUUGAGGUCCGGUACAUGGGUCCGGUCAACAAAAGUGACCAGGAAGCUGCAGCUGUCCGGGCCGACCAUCCAAUGCCCCCUCAGUGCGGAAUAUACUAUUUUGAAAUUACUAUUCUGUCUAAACCAAAGGAAGGAAUGAUUGCCGUUGGAUUCGCCAGCAACAAAGCGUCCCUUGAGAGACUCCCCGGAUGGGAGCAAGAAUCAUGGGCCUAUCAUGGUGACGAUGGCAAGACUUUCUCCGGCGAGAGCCCGGGGCAAGGUCGUGCGUACGGACAGACAUUUGGUGUGCAUGAUACCAUCGGAUGCGGAGUGAACUUCUCCACAGGAUCUGCCUUCUUCACGAAGAAUGGUGACCUUCUGGGAAACGCUUUUCGGGAUUUGAAGAACGUGAAGCUGUUCCCGUCAAUAGGAGUUAAGAAACAGCCCGGUGUGCAUUUGAUUGCGAAUUUUGGACAGCGGCCGUUCAUCUUCGAUAUAGACGGCAUGGUCAGGAAUGAGAAGCAUAUCAUUCGCCGCGAGAUAAAUGCAUCAAGCGCAGCAAAUUUACAGCCACCGUUAGAUGAGAGCACACUACUACAUGAAUUGGUUGCGCAGUUUCUAGCCCACGAUGGCUAUGUUGAAACCGCACGAGCAUUUGCUGAAGAGGUAGCUAUGGAGUCUGUGGCAUUGAAAAAGGGUGGCGAGGAGCCGCUGAAGAGAUAUGAAGUGGAGGAGGAUGUGGAUGCAAUUAACAGACAGAAAAUACGGGCGGCUAUACUGGAAGGUGAUAUUGACAAAGCCUUCAAGUACACUAACGCAUAUUACGCAAACGUGUUACAAGACAACCCUCAGAUACAGUUCAAGCUCCGAUGCCGGAAAUUCCUCGAGAUGAUGCGACAAUGCAACGAUCUGUCGGUGGCGGCGUCUAAACAAGGGAAGUCUUCGAAUGGGAUAACUGAGGAAAGUGCGGUAUUUGACCAAGAAAUGGAGUUGGACGAGCAGAUGCACGACGGCGAUGGCCAUGACUGGGAGGGAAAUGGGGAUGGGAUGAAUACGGAGGAACUCGACGCAACAGCCAGAUUCCAUCAGCUUAUCACGGAGGCUGUGCAGUAUGGCCAACAGUUACGGAUGGAUUACCCGUCGGAUGAAAACGGAGGCGACAAGAAGUUUCUGGAUGAUAUUUUCUCGCUAGUUGCAUACCCAGACCCGAAGAAGUCGGUUCAUGGCCAUUAUUUGGAUCCAGCUGGACGGGUUGCCGUUGCAGAGGAGUUAAACUCGGCUAUAUUAGUGUCGCUUGGUAAAUCAUCAUCAGCCGCUCUGGAACGGCUAUACCAGCAGACGGAGGCGUUGGUCAAUGAAAUCAGUGAAGAGGGAGGCGCUGGGGCGUUUGUCAAUAUCAGUGAUGAUUUCCUGCUUUGA